CUCGGCACCGCCCUCGCGCUCGGCGGCGCGCAACUCCGCCUCGCGUGCUUCCGCGCGCUCGGCGCGCUCUUCACCUUCGAGCUCACCAUCUCCCCCACCCACACGCUCGUCACCGCCGGCCCGUACGCGCACGUGCGCCACCCGAGCUACACGGGCGUGUACGCGCUGCUCCUCGGCGCGAGCGCGGUUCUGCUCGCCCCCGGGGCGUGGCUCGCGGAGGCGUGGCUGCGCCCGGGCGCGGUGGCGCGGACGGCUGUGCUGGCGUGGGCGUUCGUGAGCUUCUGGGUGGCCAAGGUCGCGUACGCGCUCAAGAGCACGAACAGGCGGGUCGUGACGGAGGACAGGGAGCUGCACCGCGUGUUCGGGGCGCGGUGGGAGGAGUGGGCGGCGCGCGUCCGGUGGCGGCUGGUGCCGGGGGUGUACUGA